CGGAGCGACGCUGGUACGUGCCGAAGGCCCUCGUAGCGGUGGAGGACUGGAUGUUCCAGUACAGUCCGCUGGCAGGCGCGUCCCCGAACCGUCCCCGGACCCGUAGGAGUCAGAGGAGAACCAGGACCGACCCACCAGCGUCUUGGUCUGGUGUCUGAGUGGAGUCCUUUGUGAAACCUUAUGAGAAGCCGAGCGCUGGAGGAGCGAGGUCCUGGCGGCUCCGCUGUCACAUUGUGUCCACACGGAGAUUUGUGCUCGUAAGCAGACGUCAUGGAGGACGAACUGAUGUUCAGCAUGGAGGAGGAGGGAAGUGCCACUAGAGCCCCUGCACAACGACAGGGCUCCAAGCAGCGGGCGUCCUCCCUCAGUGACGAUGAGGACGAUGAACACUUCAUCUGCCCCAUCCUGCACGACCCGUCCAAAGAAAUCUGCCAUUACUUGAAGGAUCUAGUCAACACCCGGCAGCUGUCGAACUCUCUUCCUAAGAGCAGCUUUACGUACAAGAACCAGACAGAAACUGUGGCAGAACCUGGGUCGUACAGGGUUCUGUCUGAGAGUGCACGGGAGACGUGGAGACAUGCGAUCCAAAAGGCCAGAGCGAUGCCCGACCCCUGGGCGCAGUUUCAUCUGGAGGAAAUCGAGACCGAGCCUUGUAUUCGCUACAGGUACAAUGCCGUCAAAGGAGAAUGGGCCCAAGACAAGGUCCACAUCAAGAUGGCCGCCCAGCCGUUUGGGAAAGGGGCCAUGAGGGAGUGCUUCAGAACGAAGAAGUUGUCCAAUUUCUCACACAGCAGCAACUGGAAGUCAGCGUCUAACUACGUGUCCAAGCGUUACAUGGAGACGGUGGAUAGAGACGUCUACUUCGAAGACGUGCGGCUGCAGAUGGAGGCCAAGCUCUGGGGAGAAGAGUACAACCGCCAUCGCCCUCCCAAGCAGGUGGACAUCAUGCAGAUGUGUGUGGUGGAGAUGACAGAAAGACCAGGCAAACCUCUCUUCCACUUGGAACACUACAUCGAGGGGAAGUACAUCAAGUACAACUCCAACUCCGGCUUCGUGAGGGACGACAACAUCAGACUCACGCCUCAGGCCUUUAGUCACUUCACCUUUGAGCGGUCUGGACACCAGCUGAUCGUGGUGGACAUCCAGGGAGUCGGAGAUCUUUACACAGACCCUCAGAUCCACACAGAGAAGGGAACUGACUUUGGAGAUGGCAAUCUAGGUGUGCGAGGGAUGGCGCUGUUCUUCCACUCGCACCUGUGUAACAAGAUCUGUAAGAGCAUGGGCCUGACACCUUUUGACCUGGCCCGCAUAGAGAAGUCUCAGCUGGACUGCACCAACAAGCUGCUUAAGUCGGCCCAGACGGUGCUGAGAGGCUGCGAGGAGCCGUGCGGUUCUCCGCGGGUACGCACCCUGUCAGCGAGCCGGGCGCCGCCGCUCUUAUCCCGGCUGUCCGAGACCUCGUCUGCAGACGAGAGCAUGAGCGACGUGGAGUCCAUUCCGUGCUCGCCUCUGGCGGCGCCCGGCUCCAUGGGCAAGUCUCCCAUCUGCUUGUCCUUUACCGGGAUGUAUGAACAUGAACAACGAAUGAGUAACAACAACAACACAGGUGAACACAAGGAGGCUGAGAACGGCAGUGACAGUGGCUACCCCAGCGAGAGGAGGAGCGAGGGCGACCCCAACGACCACGUCGACGGGAGGAAGAUGGUAGCUCCUCCAAGAGUCUCUGCAAACGUACAUUCAUUCACUCCUGAUGACAAAUGGCUGACAGAGGAGAAGUGGAGCUUCUUCCAUUCAUCUCGAGCUCACGUCCACCGACCUUCCUGUGUGGCCACUGAGGUGGAGCGACUGAAUGCUCUGAUGCAGAAGAAGAUCGGCCAGUCAGUGCUUGGAAAGGUCCACCUGGCCAUGGUCCGGUACCAUGAAGCGGGCCGUUUCUGUGAGAAGGAUGAGCAGUGGGAUCAGGAGUCGGCCAUGUUCCACCUGGAGCGAGCCGCCCUGUGUGGGGAGCUGGAGGCCAUCAUUGCCUUGGGACAGUGCUGUCUCCAGCUGCCUCAUCACAUCCUGCCAGACAUGGAGCUGGAGGACAAUGCAGGAAACCGGAUGAAAGGUUUCAAGUAUCUGCUGCAGGCUGCUGAAGCUGGGGACAGAUCUUCUAUGAUCACAGUAGCCCGAGCGUUUGAUACUGGGAUUAAUCUGCCUGCUGGCAGGAAGCAGGACUGGGAGGAGGCAAUUCAUUGGUAUGACAACGUGCUGAACAUGACGGACUACGAUGAGGGAGGAGAGUUUGACGGAACGCAGGACGAGCCUCGCUACCUGCUGCUGGCCAGAGAGGCAGAGAUGUACCAGGAGGGAGGCCACAGCCUCCCAGCAGACCCGCAGAAAGCAGGAGAUCUGUUUACAGAGGCAGCAGAAGCUGCCAUGGCGGCCAUGAAAGGCAGGCUGGCCAACCAGUACUACAUGAAAGCUGAGGAAGCGUGGGCGCUGAUGGAGGAGUGACCACCGUUGCUGUGUCAGACUUUUUACACAUUCAGGACUCGACCUGCGCUGAUACUGUUUACAUGUUUUUAUUACAGAGCGUCUCUGUUGCUGCAGUGUGCGUGUGCUCAGGGGUCAGGAUCCAUCUUUCUCUCUCUUUCUUUCUGUUCUCUCUCUUUGUGAAGCUAGGCAGCCUGACUCCUCUUUCCUCUUCCGUUACCUGUUACCUUUGAACUAAGUGACUGUUGUUGAAUGAAUACAAAGGCCUUUAGAAUCAGGAACAACUAAAUGGUUUACUUACUUUGCCCCAAAAUCAAAUCACUUAUGUUGGAAGAAUGUAUGUAAUAUGUUUGAAAGAAUAAAACUGUAUGAUGAA